UUUAAUUGCAAGUGCGUUUGUAAUAUUGAAACAUUUCCGCGUUAUUUCAUAAGCAUAAAUAAUCGAAGAACGAAUGAAUCUGGCGAUAUACUACUACAACUUGCACCAGUCAAUAUCUUUAAAAAAUAUGUGAUGACGUAAAUGCAAUUAUCGAAAUUUCACAAAAUAUGGAUUCAAUUACAAAGGACCAACAUGCAAAGAUAGAAAACGACUUUUUUUCAUCAAAACAUGAAUGGAAUUGGGAUGAAAAAUUGUCAACUUCAUCAAUUAAAUUAUCAGACAAUAAUUUAAAUGUUACUUUUCAUCCUGUGUAUAGCACUGGUACAGCUGUUGUAAAAGGCAACAAAUCAUUGGAAAAAGGAAGGCAUCAUUAUUGGGAAAUUUUAAUGAUAACACAUAUCUACGGCACUGAUGUAAUGGUUGGUGUAGGAACUGCAAAUGCAGAGCUUCAUAAUGCAAGUGAACGUUUUUGUGCUCUGCUUGGACGAGAUCGAGAAUCUUGGGGUUUUUCAUAUAAAGGUUAUUUACAACAUGAUGGUAAGACAUGUAAAUAUGGGACGACCUUUGGUCAAGAUGACUUAGUAGGAAUACAUCUUGAUACUUGGACUGGCACAUUAAAAUUUUUUAUAAAUCGAAAACCAUUAGGUGUGGCUUUUACAAAGUUAAAUAACGUUACGCUUUACCCAUUAAUAAGCUCUACAAUGGCUCAAUGUGUAAUGAAAUUAACUUAUAGUUGCUCAAUAUCAGUAUCUCUGCAAACCACUUGUCUAACAGUCUUGUCGCCUUUGCAGAAGGCAUAUUUAUCUAAAAAAUUUCCUGGUUUGCGUUAUCUUACUCAAAAUAUCUUUGCUGACAUACUACAAAAACCUAUUGAUAGUGAUAACGAAGAAGAUAACAUUGAAUUUCCUGCAGAGUACAUUAUUUUAGAUGAUUUUGACUAUGCUCUUGUAGGAUUUGGAAUAAAAAAGAAAAAACAUUAAAUGAUACACAAGCCUGUGAUAAAAAUCUAGAAAUUUAGAGAUUAUUCUG